AUGGGGAUCUCUCGUCACACCAAAAGGCCUUCAUCGGGAAGGCUCGGCAGCUGCAAAACGACAACACACGCGCCUCGAGGAGUUAGCGUGGCUCAGAACCGCUCCACGCCCGUCCGGACAGUCAACAUCCGGCCGCUGCCACUUCGAACCACGCCCGCAUUCAAAAAACACGCUCACAUUGCGCUGCCAUGCAAGACGCGCUCACGUCUGACGCACACGAGCAGCUCCCAGACUGCACCGUGCUGCUGGCCGCAGCCCCCCGAGCCGCACGCAGCACACAGCCAUGCACACUCAGGCUGCACCUUCUACUGCUAUUUCUGCUACUGCUGUUACAGCUGUUGCCUCACGUUCAUUUCUUUUUCUCUCCUCCUCCUCCUGUCUCCACCUCCCAACGAUCCGUCCUCCGAUUUGACCUCGAACUCCACCGCUUCCUCCUCUCCCCUCCCACAACCUUCGACUUCCUGUUUGGGUGACCUGUCCUGUUUCUGUCCUGAUGUCAACCUGACUUCUUCCCUCCACUGCUCUGACGUGUCCUCACCUCCCUUCACCACGUCCUCUCCUGUCCGAACCUCCUCAUCUUGCUCCUCUUCCACACCACCUUCCACACCUGCCUCCCCUCCACAAAAUUCGAUCCUCUGCCGGCCCUGGCCUUCUACACGCUCUCUUUCCUCCCUGCUCCUCUGCCCUCCCAGCUUUGGGGAUCCGGCGCUGUCCUACGCCUCCGUUCUGGAGCACAUCCCCUCUGGGCCGGCCCGGCCUCGGACGCUGUUGCGCCAGCAGAGUCUUCAGCAGCCUCUCAUCCACUCAUCAGGCCCGGGUCUCAGCCACCACCCGCCCACUACGUCUCAGAGUUUGGGACAGUUGCACACUGCGCCCGGACAGCCUGGGGUGGGUGCCAGGAGAGGAGAGGGAGGUGGCAGCAGUGGCGAGGGUGGAGGUGCAGGUACGAGAGGCGGCACCCGAGGCGCUCGGGCCAGCCAAGCGGGAGCAGCUACCUCUCACUGUAGGGGAGGUGGCGCAGGAGGGAGGUCGCGGGCCAAUCCUGGCAGCUGGGAUUACAUGAUGGACCAGAUCAAGAACCGAGGCCUGGAUGUCAAAUCCUUCCUGGGCAACAAGCCAGCUAACAGCCCAAAGGGCCAUCCCCCCGAUGCCGAUGGCCACUCCUCUGUAACCGACCUGGCUAACUCUCUGACUGGAGACAUGGUGAUGCUGUCUCCAGGUUCGGAGGACGAUGACGGCGAAGGGCCCGUCAGUGAAAAGCUGGGCCGGAUCCAGUUCAGCAUAGGCUACAGCUUCCAGAACACGACCCUCACCGUCAAAGUUCUCAGGGGCCAGGACCUCCCGGCCAAGGACUUCUCUGGCACCUCAGACCCAUUUGUGAAGAUCUACCUGCUGCCUGACAAAAAGCACAAGCUGGAGACCAAGAUCAAGAGGAAGAACCUCAACCCCCACUGGAACGAAACCUUCCUCUUUGAAGGAUUCCCUUACGAGAAGGUGAGGGAGCGCACACUCUACCUCCAGGUGCUGGACUACGAUCGCUUCAGCAGAAACGAUCCCAUUGGGGAGGUGUCGAUCCCUCUAAACAAGGUGGAACUGGGCCAGCUUAAGACCUUCUGGAAGGAGCUCAAGCCCUGCAGUGAUGGCAGUGGGAGACGAGGAGACCUGCUGGUGUCUCUCUGCUAUAAUCCCACUGCCAACACCAUCACUGUGAACAUCAUCAAAGCUCGACACCUUAAAGCCAUGGAUAUCGGGGGCACUUCAGAUCCCUACGUGAAGGUGUGGCUCAUGCACAAGGACAAGCGUGUAGAAAAGAAGAAGACGGUUGUGAUGAAGCGCUGCUUGAAUCCCGUUUUCAACGAGUCCUUCCCCUUCGAUGUCCCAGCUCAUGUGCUGAGGGAGACUACCAUCAUCAUCACCGUCAUGGACAAGGACAGGCUCAGCCGCAACGAUGUUAUCGGGAAGAUCUACCUAUCGUGGAAGAGCGGGCCGGCGGAAGUAAAGCACUGGAAAGACAUGCUCGCUCGGCCACGCACAAACGUCGCCCAGUGGCACGCUCUCAAGGCCUGAUCGCACCGCCCAGCUUCCUCCAUGGCCACUUCCCGUCUCCCAAACCUC